CUAGAGAUCUGUUCACCUCCUUGAAUCCCUCCUGAACCCUUAGUCGGAUAGUAGUGUACGUUGCGACUAAGUUUCGCGAUCAUGGCUUCCGAGACCGCCCUUCACAGAGCUAUGCUGUGAGCUCUCGCAACGACUACUGCCAGACAACACGGCACUUGCCUAUUGCACGGCACUUCAAAGCGCCGCUUUUUGGGCACAAUUCGGUAUUGCCCCCCUUCCUUCCUUUCCCCCCUCCCCCCCUUCCACCAUGGCGUCACCCAUUGUAGGGUCAGCCAUAGUCUCGCCGUUGUUUCCUCAAGCCACGUCUCUUCAUCAACCCCCAGCCGUCGCUCGUGAUAGUUCCACUCGCCGCAGCGCGACCCCAACCGCCAGACACCGCUAUGUUGGCUUCCCGCUCCGUCAGUUUCCGCAAUUUGCCAGAGCCGCCAACGUCGGCAGCCGCGGAAGCAACGGGUUCCGCCUUUCCGCCUACGCGCAAGCCACUCCGGAAAGCGGAAGACCAGGGGAAAGACCUGCUGGGCAGGCGGGCGGAAGGCCGGGAUCCACGAGCAGGGGGGACCCCAACGCGGAAUUCGUAGACACGCGCAUUCACUGGAGCUCGCCCGACGAGGGGUGGGUGGGCGGCAACAGCAGCGGGUUCAGCUCGGAAGAGGAAGGCGACGGGCGGUGGAGCGACGGGUCGAGCGACGCGGGGCUGCGCGCGGCGAUGAGUCGCGACAUGCAGCUGCUGAUCAUGUCCAACUCCAACAACCACUACACCAUCCUGGGCGUGUCGCCCCUGGCGGACACGGACGACGUGAAGGCGGCGUACCGGCGGCUGUCCAAGCGCUACCACCCCGACACCACCCGCCUGCCGCUCGCGCUGGCAGAGCAGCAGUUUGUGCGCCUCAACCAGGCGUACGAGGUGCUCUCCAGCCUGGAGGAGCGCCGCCUCUAUGACUGGAAGCUAGCCCAGGAGGCGUCUGAUGCACGAGGGGGGCGGUUCGUGUGGCCAUAUGAGGUGGACCGGACACAGAGAGGAAUGGGGUCCCGAGAUCCACCUGCUCCCGUGGGCAGGAAAGGCCCCGGGGGUGAUGAAAAUGACGUUCCACUUUCAGAUGGCUCCAUAACCGCUCUUGCUUUUGAUGCAUUUGCCUUGCUAAUUGCAGUCGCUUGUAUUGUGUACGCAGCAUACUUAAAGGGGAAUUGAGGGGCCAGUGCUUGAAAUUGUACUGUCUGAAGUGAAAAGUACGGUAAGAGAAAAUGUUGUGUUGAGUGCAAUUGGGCAAUGCUUUAAUAGU